AAGAAGGGCCAGGCGACCGACAAGUCAACUGCUUCUGCUCCUUCGAAGAGACCCAAGGGAGUCUCGGGUUCUGGCUCAAAAGCUGUGGUAGUCAAGACAACUGCCGCCAAAAAGUCUAAGGUCGUGCUUCCUUCAGCCUCUAAGUCGACUCAGCCCUCGGGUUCCCAUUUCCGCAAAAGGGCCCAAGAUCAGAGUGACAUGACUUUGGUGCCCAGCUCCCUCAAAUGCCAGAAAGGGAAGGAUCCGGUGGUCGAGAAGGAUGCGGGGCAAUC